AUGCCCGCUGCCACUCGUGCCGUCCUGCGGCAAUCGCAGUUCCUGACCCGUCGGACCGUGGUCAGACACUCUUCCACCACUUCGGAGGCCGCCAACAAGGCCGGUCAAGCUGCUUCCAAGGCUAGCGAGGGUCUCUCCAAGGCCACUGCUGCCGCUGGUCCUGCCAUCUCCAAUGCUGCCUCCGCUCUCCGCAAGGUCGGCGGCCCUGUCGGCAAGGUCGUCUCUUUCGUCGACUCAAUGAUUCCCCCUACCCUCUACUACUCCCGUGUCGGUCUUGAGCUCGGCAAGCUGGUUUUCCGUGGCCAGAACAUGACUCCUCCCAACGUUGCCACCUUCCAGUCCUACUUCCAGCCCUUGAUCAACGCCGCCAAGAACCCCGCCGCUAUCAAGAACCUGCCCUCCCCCCAGAACUUCCUGGCCCGCGUCCGCAACGCCAGCCCCAAGGAGAUGGCCCUCGCCGGUGUCACCGCCGCUGAGGUCAUCGGUUUCUUCACUGUUGGCGAGAUCAUCGGUCGUUUCAACCUUGUCGGUUACCGGGGCGAGCCUGAACACCACCACUAG